AUGGCAUUUACGCAGGCUGGCGAAAGAACUGCUAUAUACUGUUUAACGCAGAAUGAGUGGAAACUAGAAGUGGCAACAGACAACUUCUUCCAAAAUCCAGACUCAUUCUACAAAGAAUCCAUGAGAAAUUCAGUAGAUAAGAAGAAACUAGAACAACUCUAUAACAAGUAUAAAGACCCACAAGAUGAAAAUAAAAUUGGAAUUGAUGGGAUUCAGCAAUUCUACGGCAUGACAGAGCUUGGGUGCGAUAGUACAGAAAAGCUAAAAGCUCUUUUGCCAAGGUUGGAACAAGAGCUUAAGGACACAGUGAAGUUUAAAGAUUUUUAUCAGUUUACCUUCACCUUUGCCAAGAACCCUGGACAAAAAGGUUUAGAUUUAGAAAUGGCUGUUGCAUAUUGGAAUUUAGUAUUAUCUGGGAGGUUUAAAUUCUUAGAUCUUUGGAACAAAUUUUUGUUGGAACAUCAUAAAAGAUCAAUCCCAAGGGACACUUGGAAUCUUCUACUAGAUUUUGGAAAUAUGAUUGCAGAUGAUAUGUCUAACUAUGAUGAAGAAGGAGCGUGGCCUGUUCUUAUAGAUGAUUUUGUUGAAUAUGCACGGCCAGUAGUCAGAGGUGGAAAGCACAGCACUUUCUAA